CCAAAUAUGGCUGUUGCUGUGGUGAUAAAUUAUUUGUAAAAUCAAUAAAAGGACGAAUAGCUAGAGACAAGGUUUCAUUUGUAAGAGGACGAAUAGCUGGAGACGAGGUUUCAUUUGUAAGAGGACGAAUAGCUGGAGAAAAAGUUUCGGGGACCAAAGUUUCAGAUGAUAAAGGUUUGGUGCAUUCAUAUGGUGGCAUGAUUAUUUGUGUUUCAAUUAAAACUAAAGCCUUUUUUGUAUCCAACCUUUGUGCUACAUCACUCGCAAAAAUAGAAAUGAUACUAUGGUAUUCUUUACAUUUUCGUACCUUAUUAAUAAGAACUAUUAUAAUUGUUUCAAUAUUCACGUCUUUAUAUAUUCUCAAUGUAUCGAUAUUACUUGAAUCUCCGAACACCAAUCUGAAUGACAUAGCUUCGCAAUCCAAUGAAAAAGGUACUACAGUUACUCACGUUAAUCUAAAACUCACACAUACUAUCGAUGAUAAUGUUAAUACCACACUUCAACAAGUUAAUGACACUCAAAUUGAUAAUACGGAAUUUAAUGACGCGAAAACUGAUGAUAAAGUAGAUAAUGUUCAAGUAGAUAAUACUCAAGUAAAUGAUACUCAGCCUGAUACUCAGCUUGAUACUCAGCUUGAUACUCAACUUGAUACUCAGAUCACGACUCAUGAUAAGCAAGUUGAUAAUACUCAACUUAAAGACACGCAAGAUACACAGGUUGAUGAUACUCAACUUAAAGAUACGCAGGUUGAUGAUACUCAGCUUAAUAAUACGCUGACGCAGACUGAUAUUCAACUUAAUGAUAAGAAGGCUGAUGAUACUCAAUAUAAUGAUGAUACGAAGGUUGAUAAGCAAUUUAAUAUUACUCAAGUUGAUGAAAUUCAAUUAAAUAAUACGCAAGUUAACAACACACUAGAUGUCACAUUUACGCAAUCUGAUACACGACUUAAUGCAGUGAUAAUCGUUCUUGUUCGAAACUCUGAAUUACACCAAUUACGAAAAACGAUGAGAUCUUUUGAAGAUAGGUGGAAUAAAAAGUAUAAUUAUCCUUAUGUGUUUCUUAAUGAUCAAGAGUUUACUCAAGAAUUUAAAACUAUGACAGCAGCUCUUACAAGUGCUGAAACAUUUUAUG